AUGACCGUGACGAUCAUCAUGGUUAUGCUGGGAUAUGGAGCAUGUCCGCAUGAUGGUGGACAGAUCAACCAGGAAAUCCAAGGCCGAGACUGCCAACUCUCUGCCCAGCGAUUUUUGCGAACUCAGACCACCGUUGCAACAUCGCACGAGUGUCUAUGUGUUUUGGCUGUUCUUGUUCUUAGCAUCCUGACCAUCAACAUGUUCGUGCAGAUGACAUGUGUGAUUGCCCUGGCAUUGAGUGCGCUGUGCUGCUGGCAAUGCUCAUCCGGUGGUGCUGGUCAGGGCUUCUGCUUCGUGAACUUCUAUUCGGUGAGCGAUGCUCUUCAGGCCAAGAACCGAAUGCUGGCCGCGGGCUCCAUCAUUGACUCGCGGAAGGUGGCCAUUAGCUUCGCCAAGCCUCAGACGCAGGAGCAGGCGCUUGAGAGCGACAUAAACGCCAGAGCAGAGCAAGAUGUGAUACAGGCCCAGGCCAACCAGGCCCUGAGCGGUGUCAACGCCGAGAUGUGGUCUUCUUACAUGCAGUUCUGCAAGCAAGAGGAGGAGAAAGAGAGCAGGGAAAAGAAGGCCUUGCUGGAGGCCUUGGAGGCCAAGAAGAGGGCCUUGGCCUUGGCGGCCUCGGCAGCGAGCGAGGCGGAGGCUAACGGCCUCCCGUAG